AGAAGCAUACCACCUCCUCUCCUCUCCUUUCAUCUCAUGGCUGCUCCCGCUCUCAAGUUCGCCGUCGUCAUGCUUCUGGCCGCCCUCUGCGCCGCCGCGCUGGCCCCGGCCACAUCGGGGCAGCCCACUGAUGACGGGCUAGCCACGUGCAUCGACCGCUGCGGGUGUGUGCCCUGCCCGGAAGGGAAGUUCUGCCCCGCCGUGUGCACGACCCCGCCGGCCUGCAAGGCCACAUGCGAGUGCACCUACUCCGGCGUGGGCUGCUAGGCCCGGCUGCGAACUGGCGACGCCACAUGCGCCCGCCGCCGCUGCGUCUGUCAGAGCCAACACUAUAUUGUACUACUUUCAUUCGAAGUUACUUGUCGAAAAAAUGAAUGUAUCUAGAUGGUUUUUAGUUGUAGACACGUGCAUUUUUGUGACAAGUAAUUCCGAACGGAGGGAGUAACUUGUAAGCCCUUUAUGUCUGCAUGUAUUGUGCGUGUCUGUGCUGUGAUGUGCUAAUAAAAUGUCAACGGAUCGAUCCAUGAGACAAAAAUAAAUAUAUGGAAAUGUUAUCUUCGUUCCACAGUGUAUAUUACUUUCAUCA